AUGCUCCCCGCGUGCGCCACCUCCGGCCUUCCGCGCGCGCGCGCCUUGCUUAGUCCACGCUCUGCGUCCGCCAGUCGGCGCGCUUCCCUGCUUACUCCGCGCUGUUCCGCGGGGGACGGAAUUGGGGCGGAAACAGAGGGGGGAGGGGCGGAGGCAGGAGCAGGUGUCGGGCACGCAGGGGGGGAAAACAUUCUGCGCGUCGUGUAUCAUAGGUGCGAAGGGGGACAACGGUGGGAUGGGAUGGGGAGGGAGCGGGAAAGGGUAAAGAAAGUGCUCGCAGGAGGAGGGAAAGGGGUCGUGCUCGUGCCAUGCCAUGGCGUGUGGACAGGUGCAGGGCCACAUGACAUACCCUGGGAGUGGACCACUGCGGAGGCAGCUCCAUCCGUGGUUCAUACCCGUGCUAUGGCUCCAUCCGUGGUUUCAUACCCGUGCUAUGGCUCCAUCCGUGGUUCAUACCCGUGCUAUGGCUCCAUCCGUGGUUCAUACCCGUGCUAUGGCUCCAUCCGUGGUUCAUACCCGUGCUAUGGCUCCAUCCGUGGUUCAUACCCGUGCUAUGGCUCCAUCCGUGGUUCAUACCUGCUAUGGCUCCAUCCGUGGUCAUACCGUGCUAUGGCUCCAUCCGUGGUUCAUACCCGUGCUAUGGCUCCAUCCGUGGUUCAUACCCGUGCUAUGGCUGGGCCUCAUGCACGCUUCCUCCCGUGUCACCAUGCGCCGCCGUGUGUGCCGGCACUGGCAGGGGCGACGGUGACUACACGGGGUGGGGGCUGCACGUGUGUGGGGCGAUGUGGAGACAGAGACCCUCUGCCUGCCAGCACCUCUUGCCCUCCUCGCUUGCCACUGCCACUCGUGGUGUUGCUGGUGCUCAUGCACCUUCCCAUGCUGCCAUGCGCUGCUCCAUGUGCCGGCACUGGCAGGGGCGAUGGCGACUACAACGGAUGGGGGCUGCACGUGUGGGGCGACGUGGAGACAGAGACCGACUGGCAGCACCCUCUGCACUCCUCGCCUGCUGCUGCCACUGGCGGUGUUGUUGCUGCGGGUGGUGGCGGGAUGAAGUGGGUGGAGUGGCGCAUGCAGCUGCAGCCACAGGCGCGGACAGUGAACGUGCUGCCACACCGAGGGGACUGGAAGGACUGCACGUGGACCAUAGACAUGGCCGCGCUGCCCGCACCGCCAUCCUCCACCAUCACCCACCGCGGCCCCACAGUGUGGCUCAUCUCUGACUGCCAGCGCGCCUUCCUGCACGCCCCCAACCUCGACCACCUCCCCAAGGGCAGUUUGGAUCUAUUCAAGGCGCACUGGGUGUCGGCAGACGAGAUUGCAGUGGACUGGGACUAUAACGAGAGUGACUAUGGCGAGCAGAUUCUCUUCGCCCUGCAUGCCAGCGAAUCCGCCUCACUCGCCCUCACAGAGGACGGCGUGCAAGGAGCGGACUCCGUCAUUCCCCUCACGCUGGACGCUGCCGGCCUCUCACCUGCUGUGCGCACCAAGUUCCCCCACCUAGCGUCCUUCACCUGCCUACGCCUCCCCACCCCCCCCCUCCCCCACCUGCACCGCCUGCUUGCCUCACAGACCGCCCUCGCCUGCUCCUCUGUGCACCCAUAUCAGCACGCAUACUCAUGCCUCAUCACUGCAGCAGCAGCUGGCAGGAGCACAAGAUGUGCUGCUGCAGUGCCGUUGCCAGGAGUGAUACUGCUCUGUGCUCGCUCAUCCCUCUCCUUGCAUUGCAACCUCUCAAUCACUUGCCCCUCCCACCCUCUACCAGCGUCCAGCACACCCAUCAACGCCACAUGCCUGCACGCUGCAGGUGGCAGGCAGGUGGCAGGCGCCUUGGACGCGCUGUGUGGGUACGAGGGGCCGCUGGGAGCGCACGUGGAGAAGCAGGGGGGGGGCUGGUGGUCCAGUGGCAGUGGCACCGUGAGCAUUCACGUGUGGGCGCCCACGGCUCAGGAGGUGACGCUGCUGCUGUUCGACCAGCCACAUGCAUCGCCCCCCGUGUCUCGCCAGCCCAUGGAGCGGGGCAGCGAGGGGCAGUGGAGUGCACAGGGCCCCAUGGCAUGGCAGGGCAUGUACUAUCAGUAUGAGAUCCGGGUCUUCCAUCCCGCCACCAAUAGAAUCGAGACAUGUGUCACCACCGACCCUUACUCCCGCGGCCUCUCAGCCAAUGGAGAGCGCUCAUUGGUGGUUGACCUGAGUGAUGCCUCGUUGGCGCCGCCUGAUUGGUCCACGUUGCAUCAGAGGAAGCCGCCUCUGCAGUCGUUUUCAGACGUGUCCAUCUACGAGCUUCACAUCCGUGACUUCAGUGCAUCGGACUCCUCAGUGCCAGAGCCCCACCGAGGAACGUACCUCGCCUUCACUCACCCCCAGUCACAGGGAGCACAGCAUCUGACACAGCUAGCGGCCAGCGGGCUCACGCACCUGCACCUGCUGCCAGCCUACGACUUUGGCUCCGUCAAUGAGGACAAAACCGCCUGGCAGGCUGUCGAUGAGCCCUCCCUCAGGCAGUACCCGCCUGACUCGGACCGCCAGCAGGCGGCUGUAGCAGCCGUGAAGGAUGUGGACGCUUACAACUGGGGAUACGACCCGGUGCACUGGGGUGUGCCGGAUGGCAGCUAUGCCACUCACGCUGACGGCACUGCUCGCACCCUCGAAUUCCGUUCCAUGGUGCAGGCAGUGAACCGCAUGGGGCUGCGCGUGGUGCUCGAUGUGGUCUACAACCACCUCUACGCCAGCGGCCCUCACAGCCCCUUCUCCGUCCUCGAUAAGGUGGUACCCGGGUACUACGUGCGGAGGGACAUGGAGGGGCGGGUGGAGAGCAGUGCGUGCUGCAACAACACGGCGAGCGAGCAUGCCAUGGUGGAGCGCCUCAUAGUGGAUGAUGUGGUCAUGUGGGCCACGCAGUACAAGGUGGAUGGGUUCCGGUUUGACCUCAUGGGCCACCUCAUGAAGCAUACCAUGCUGCGCAUCCGCUCGGCACUGGACGCACUCACAGUCGAGGAGCAUGGGGUGGACGGCAAGGCCAUCUACCUGUAUGGCGAGGGGUGGGAUUUUGGCGAGGUGGCGAAUAAUGGCCGCGGGGUGAACGGAGCGCAGGCCAACCUGCACGGCACGGGCAUCGGCAGUUUCAACGAUCGCUUCCGCGAUGCAGUGGUCGGGGGGACGCCCUUCGGCAAUCCACAGCAGCAGGGCUUCGCCUCGGGCCUCCUGCUGCUCCCCAACGAGUACGAGGAGAGCGAGCGGCAGCGGGAAUACAGCUCCAGCAGCAGUGGCAGCAGCAGCGGCAGCAGCAGUGGGGAGGAGAGCGGGGGCGAGGGGGGGUCAUCAGUAGCGUGGUGGCGGCGGCGACUGGCGGAGAGUGUGGAUGUGAUCCAGGCGGGCAUGGCGGGCAACCUCAGAGACUUUGCCUUCGCCUCUCAUGCCACCGGCCAGCAGGUGACGGGAGGGCAGCUGUACACGUUUGGAGGGUCGCCUGUGGCGUAUGCCGCCACCCCGCAUGAAUCGGUGACGUACAUAUCAGCACAUGACAACGAGACUCUCUUUGACAUCAUCACCAUCAAGGCAGCAGCAGCAGCAACCCCCCAGCAGCGCGUGGCAAUGAAUCGAGUGGGCAUGGCGGUGGUGGCAUGGGGGCAGGGCGUGCCAUUCAUCCAUGCGGGCGACGACCUGCUGCGCUCCAAGUCGCUCGACAGGGACUCCUACAACUCAGGGGACUGGUUCAACCGGCUGGACUGGUCAGGCGGCAGCAGCAACUUUGGCGUGGGGCUGCCCCCACAUGAGAAGAACGGCGACAAAUGGGACAUGAUGCGUCCACUCCUGGCCAACCAAUCGCUGCGUCCCACAUCAGCAGACAUAGGUGCCACGUCACGCUACCUGCGCAUGCUGCUGGCUGUGCGCUACUCCUCGCCACUCUUCCGCCUGCCCUCUCUGGAGCUCGUUCAGGAGCGAGUGCGAUUCCUCAAUGUGGGCCCCACAGCGCUGCCAGGGGUGAUAGUAAUGAGUGUGACUGAUGGCGACGAUGGCUCAGGCAUGGCCCAGCUGGACUCCAGGUUCCGAAUGCUGGUGCUGGUGGUGAGCAUGCAGCCCCAGCUUGCCCGCCUGCACCUGCCGUCCCUGCUCUCACGCAAUCUCGUUCCGCACCCACUGCAGGAGCAGCAUGGCAUGGUGCCAUCACAAGCAGCAGCAGCAGGCCCAUGGUUCCAAGCAGACACGGCUAUGCUGACUGUUCCACCACUGGCAGCCCUCGCCCUGGUGGAGAUGAGGGAGUGA